AUGCCCAGCUCUCCAACGCAAGGACGACCUCAGAUCAUGAACCCUCCAAAGUCUCCCACCUCUCCAACUAUCAAAACCCGAUUUCUCAUCCUCUCCGAUACACAUAGCAGAGAAUUCGGCCCAGAAACCAACCCAACACAGUAUGCAGAUGUAGUCAUUCACUGCGGCGAUCUCACAGAAGGGUCUACACUAGAAGAACUCCAAUCCGCCAUAAACCUUCUCUCGAACCUCACUGCCCCCCUCAAGCUCGUCAUAGCCGGAAACCACGAUUUCACCCUAGACACCCCCUUCUUCAAGGACAAGGUCGACGGCCAAUUCAAAGUCCUCGACCCCGGCCUCAUCAAGAAGGCAUACGGCGACCCGGGCGAAGCGCGCCAGCUCUUCAACGAAGAACCAGCCACUUCGGCCGGAAUUGUAUUUCUCGACGAAGGCACGCACCAUUUUACUCUCGAGAAUGGCGCGUCAUUAACCCUCUAUGCCAGCCCUUUUAUUCCCGCAUGUGGAGGCUGGGCAUUUCAAUAUACACGUCAAAAGGGCCAUGACUUUCGCAUUGAGAAGGGCGUCGACCUAGUCAUAACCCACAGCCCGCCAAGAGGGAUCCUGGAUCGGACAUUAUCCGGUGAACAGGUCGGGAGCACACAUCUCUUCGAUGCCGUUGCUCGCAGUCGACCACGUCUGCACUGUUUCGGGCAUAUCCACGAGGGUUGGGGAGCGAAGCUUGUCACAUGGCCACCGCAGACGGAGGACAUAGGCGAGAAACCGUUGCGGCUUUCCGAUAUUGAUGAUGGACAGUCAGUUGUUGUGGGGGAUUUGUCGACGGUAAGGAGUCGAGAGGCCAAUGGGACGGGGACGGGGGAGCAUUCUGAGACGUGCUAUGUGACCAGCCAUUGUAGUGGAGAUGCCAAUCCGGUUGAAUUGGGGAGGCAAACGCUCUUUGUAAAUGCUUCCAUUAAGGAGAUGGAUGAAGAUUAUCCUCAACAUCUGCCCUGGCUGGUUGAUAUUGAGCUUCCGAAGGGUAACUAG